UUUACUUUGCUCCCUCUUGCUCCCCAGGACUGAGUCCCCACCGUCCUGAGCAGGCCUGGAAUGGGUAAUGGUGUGAAGGAAGGCGUGGUGCGUUUGCGUGAGGAUGCUGAGUCCGUCCUGCCCUCAUCUGUCUCUUCAAAGAGUGAUCACAGGCAAGUUCUCCGCUCCCUCUUGUCCGGGGCCCUGGCUGGCGCUCUUGCCAAAACAGCAGUAGCUCCUCUGGACCGAACCAAAAUCAUCUUCCAAGUGUCCUCAAAAAGAUUUUCUGCCAAGGAGGCCUUCCGGCUCAUCUACUUCACCUACCUCAACGAAGGCGUCCUCAGCCUGUGGCGCGGAAACUCGGCCACCAUGGUGCGCGUGGUGCCCUACGCAGCCAUCCAGUUCAGCGCGCACGAGGAGUACAAGCGCAUCCUGGGCCGUUACUACGGCUUCCGCGGAGAAGCCCUGCCUCCCUGGCCCCGCCUCCUCGCUGGCGCACUGGCUGGAACCACAGCCGCUUCACUGACGUACCCCCUGGACCUGGUCAGAGCACGGAUGGCCGUGACCCCAAAGGAAAUGUACAGCAACAUCUUUCAUGUCUUCAUCCGCAUCUCCCGAGAAGAGGGGCUGAAGACUCUCUACCACGGCUUCGUUCCCACGGUCCUGGGGGUCAUUCCCUACGCAGGCCUGAGCUUCUUCACCUACGAGACUCUCAAGAGCCUGCACAGAGAGUACAGCGGCCGCCAGCAGCCCUACCCCUUUGAGCGCAUGAUCUUCGGGGCCUGCGCCGGCCUUAUUGGGCAGUCGGCUUCUUACCCACUGGAUGUGGUGCGGCGGCGCAUGCAGACAGCCGGCGUCACAGGCCACCAGCGCACCUCCAUCGUGCGCACCAUGCACACCAUUGUGCGGGAGGAGGGCGUGGUGCGUGGCCUCUACAAGGGCCUGAGCAUGAACUGGCUCAAGGGUCCCAUCGCGGUGGGCAUCAGCUUCACCACUUUCGACCUCAUGCAGAUCCUGCUGCGGCAUCUGCAGAGCUAGGGGCCAGUGGGGUCAGCUGCUUUCAAGCUUCAGUUGGCGGUGGACCGCUGACCCCUUUGGUUUCUGAGCCCCGGGAGCGAGGGUACGCUGGGUUCCAUCCCGGGCCGCACAGAUGCACCUUGUGGAACAAGCAGGGGUUGAGGGGGCCUGGGCUCAGUGCGCACAGGUCUGACAGAAAAGCCAGUGGCCCUUGAAGUGCAUUGUUGGGACUGGGGGGCCAGGGCUCCCAUGCUUUGUUCUUCCAGCCUCAGCAGGGCUGGGGCUGCCCCUGGAGGUAUUACCCUAAACGCCCUGAGUCAUGAGUUGCCAGCACUGCCUCCUGGUGCCCUUUGUGCCCUUGGACAGGCUCCUGAUUCUAGUGACCCGGUACCCACUGGGCUCAGAGCCAGACCUUGCCCGCCCCUUGCUGUUCUGAGUCUCUGCUCAGGGGCGGGGGAAGCUCCAGAGGGUGUGGGGGAGAGGCCUGGCCUCCUGCCCUGUCCCCAGUGAGAUCAGCCUCCUGCUCAGCUAUGGCUGCAAAUGCAGCCUCUCCCUCCCCUGUCCUGCCCACCCCGCCUUUGCUGUCUUCACCAUUACUUCCCAGGUGACAUGAUUCUGUCCCCAGAGCCUCCCACUGGGAAACAGCCUUCUCCUAAGAGUGUUAUCCCUAUCCCAGACUCUACCUAGGAUUAGGUCUUCCUCUCUGUUCCCCCCCACGGCCCCCAACCUGGUUUGUAAUGUUCCCAGGAGGGUCACGCCUCCUCCAGUCAACAGGGUUUGAGGAAUCGCAAUAGGUUUAGGUCUGAGCCCCAAGCUAGGGGCAUCUGCCUGGGUUGCCUGCUCUGGGCCCAGAACUUCCUGUCUGCACCCCACGGGCUGCACUAAUGGAGGCCAGGCCUUGGGCCCUGACCCUCUGCCCUUAGGCACAGUGGCUCCUGAGGGAGGCCCAUGGCACCUGGCAUAUCCCUGGCUCCCCACCUGAGUGGUUACUUGGCUGGGACAUGGGACGGUUUGAGGCCCAGUGGCGUUGUCUGGCUUCCCGUGAAUGGAGUACACAGAGGCAGCUGGCAGCCUCGAUUCUCCCAAAGUGACAGCCGCUGAGACAGCGCCUGGCCUGGGGGCAGGAAGCUCGAAGAGUCAGAGUGCCCCAAGGAGCUGGUCUCACAGAGGAGCCCCCUGGGGCCUGCUGGGGACUCCGAGACACCUGGUUCCUAAUGAUGUUUGGAGUUUGAUUUUGGAGGGGUUUGCUUUUAAAUUUGACUGGCCCUGGGUCUAGACACAAUAAACCUUGAUCAAGUCAGUCUGGGUCCAGGACCAGGGCUACCAGAGGGUCCGUUUUCACGGUUGGCUUAGCAGCCAUGAUGUGUGAAAGGGUCCGAGACAGUAUGUUUGCAGCCACAAAUGAAUUUCCAAUUGUGAUUUUCAUUUCCUCCCUUCAUUCUGCCCCAUUUCUGUUUUUCAUGCCUUAGUCCUGUGGGUGUGAGGACCGCUCUUUCUGUGCUGCCUGCAUUUUUCCACCAGCCAGCCCCAUCUUUGUUCCCAGCAGCCUGGGCAGCCUGUGAUGGCUGUCCUGUGGGGUGAGCGUUCAACCACCUCCUCCCAGCCUUGCCCAGUGCUCAGGGGAGGCAGAGGUGCCCUUCACAGAGAGAUGGGAUGGGGACUCGAGGGCAUCCAGGCGAGAGCAGCAGUGAUGGAGUCCACCCCAGGCGGGUGAGACCAAAUGGAUGGUUAAGCAGCGCCCCCUGUUGAACUGCAGGCUGGGCCGGAGCAGGGAGGGUCCCUCAGGAUGACUGGACCUGGCGUGCCUCCCCGAGGUGGCUCCCAGCCAAAUGGGCCAGUGUAGCGCUGCCCCUCCCCCCAGCCCUGCACACAGCCGGGCAGGGGGCCCCCCAGUAGUCACACUGCUCUCCAUUGGUUGCCUGUCCUGAUUUGCAGUUACAUUUAAUGCCAUGAAGACACUUUGUUUAUAUAUAAUGUUUAUAUAUUUUAAAGAUUUGUGCCAAGAGAGUAUAUUUAAUAAAAAUUAAAAUGACUUUUU